CUGUGGGCGGGGCGUGCUCCGGUUGGUAACGGAGAGAAGACGCCAAAGCACACAAACUCUAUGGUCUUCUUGACUCUUUGAGAAGCGCCCGUUUCUAAAUGGCUACGACACCUGACGACCAGUGGGAACCGGCGCUCCACGGAUGCCUCCACAACAGUAACAACAACAACAAUAACAACAACAACAAAGACAACGAGGCGGGAGAGAGCUCCGCCACAGCGGCCAGCGCGCCCGAACCUGGCGGGAAGACAUCGCCUAGUGUCGGAAAUGGCUCGGUCAUCAACCCUGCAGGAGGGAGUAAUGGAAAGUGGGUCCGGUUGAACGUUGGCGGCACCGUUUUCCUCACUACGAGGCAGACGCUCCUCAAAGAACAAACUUCGUUCCUGUACCGACUGUGCCAGCAGCAGGACCUACACUCUGACACGGAUGAGACGGGAGCAUAUGUGAUUGACAGAGAUCCCACCUACUUCGGACCCAUCCUGAACUACCUGCGACACGGCAAACUGGUCUACAACAAGGAGCUGGCUGAAGAAGGUGUUCUGGAGGAGGCUGAGUUCUACAACAUCACUCCUCUGAUUAAACUGAUCAAGGAGCGGAUUGUGGAAAGAGACUCCAAGUCCACACAGCAGGUUCCCCCUAAGCACGUCUAUCGAGUGUUGCAGUGCCAGGAGGAGGAGCUGACCCAGAUGGUCUCCACAAUGUCCGACGGCUGGAAGUUUGAGCAGGUCAGCGUGCGCGCCUGCAGAAAGCCCCGCACUGGACUGCUCUGGACUAUGGUGAACAUCGGCUCAUCAUACAGCUACGGAACAGAGGACCAGGCUGAGUUUUUGUGUGUAGUUUCCAAGGAGCUCCACACAGCCGGUUCUGGACUGGGUACAGAGCAGAGCCACAAAACAAAGCCGACGGAGACGCAGGAUGAGGAAGCGGCGAAGGAGGAGGAGGAGGAGGAAGAGGGAGGGAGAGAAACCACACCGAAUGAGUGGCUUAGAGAAUGAGGGAGUCAUGUUUCUUUGUUCCAAAGAGUCGGGGAAAGGCUUUUUCAGAUCCAUGGCUCCCGGAUGUAAACAUGAGCAGAACCUAAAGCGUUCAUUUAGGCUUAUUACAACAUCCUGUACAUAGCAUGUGCGUGUGUGCGCAAAUUUCAAACAGCUGCUGGAAACAAGUCUGUAGCCUUUUUAAUGCUUUGGUGACAAACUGAAACAUAGACAUAUUUCGUAGAUAAGUUGAUGUGUGCAAACUAUUACAACCAAAGACUCAUGCGGAUCACGACAAACAAAGUAUUGAAUUUGGAAUGUUGUUGCCAUAGAGAUGCCCAAAUUAACCACCAAAUCAUGCAACAAUAUUUCCAGUAAUAUGAUGUACAGCAAGUCAUGUAGCAGAACAGGUAAAGGAAAAGCCUCAAGCUGCUGGUGCUUAAUAUGCGUCAUAUUAUAGUAUUUGAUGGUGGAUAUUGUUUUCAUUCAACUUGUCCCCAGUGGCAACUUGUGAGAACUGCACCUCACUGUACACGUUUGCCCCCUGCAGGAGUUGAUGGCAUUUCCUCAAAUAGACGCCUCUACUCCAAUAAUGCCUCAAAUAAUGGAAACAAAAAAGCCUCAUUUUAAUAGAGGCCUUCUUGAAAGAGUAGGUACUUUUUACUCUAUGACCACGUCUUUCUGCAUAGUUUUGUUUAGAACAAUACUCUUAUUUGGUCAUGUUUAUACAGUGUGGCCGCAAUUCUGCAGGAUCUCGUAUCAGAGCAACAGAGGGGCUUUUAGUAACGAUACCAUUUUAAAUACUCUUUUUGUGGGUUUUAAAACAGGGGGUUUCAAAGUCUUUCCCUGGUCUGUAUUCACUCGUUUCUAAGAGACCAAAAGACCCAAAGUAUAAUUUUUUUUGUCCUUUCAGUAAAUAUUUGCUGUAAUUUUGGCCAUGAUUUUUGUUGUGUUAGUGGAUUGUACAUGUUACAUUUUAAAAUGUCAGUGUCCAGUUCCUUUAUAGGAGCGCGAUACAAUAAAUUACAAUCAAUUCAUGACAGCUGCCGCCUUCCACAAUAGAAACUACCCGAAUGACUGAAAAUAAACCACAGAGUCAAGGAAAUUAUAGUAACAUGCUAGAAACGAAACAGGCGAAAGCUAUUGAUAACACAGAGUAUAAUACAACCUUGGACACUUCAGUGGCAUACAUGUCUUGUUGCUGUUUUUUUCAAGUCAAAAUGUUCUGAAAAUACAAUAAAUUAACUAUUUUGUACGAAGCAAAAUCUGCAUGGUGCUGUUUGCAACUUCCUCACAGUUACAUUUUUCACAGCAAACAAUAUGACAAGAAAACCACCGGCUAUCUUGUGUUACCAUUAGUGGUUUAAGAGAACACAUUUCAUUGGCAAUUGUUUACGUUUUUCACAAUGGCAAAGUAUGUCAUAAAAUGUUUUAGUGGCCCGAACAAAAUGAUUGGUGUUCACACGGUCUCUCACCUUGUCUCGUCAACACGUAUGCGUGCACACAUACAAAAGCAGUCCAUGAGAAGGAACGAACAAUUUGUAGUUAUGUUGUUGUUAUAGAAUAUACAGUCAAUGGCAGCUAGUGCUAAUUAUCCAAAUUGCUAUUAUUAGCUAACAACACCUAAAGCUAACGCGCGUGUAUGUGUUACGUAUGAGAAGCCGUAAAAGGGCGAGAUAUAAUGUGCAAAAAAAACAUUGUAAAGUUGGCGCCCUCUGGGCAUCUGUGUAAAUGUUGCAAACAGCCCCUUUAAAUGUGUAAUACUCUCUACAGUUGAGUAAAUAAGUAACCCUGUUUGAGGAAAUAGCUUAUUGUGCUGGCAGGUGCAGGGUGGUAAAAGUAUGUCUUUUUUCACUUUUAGUACGUUUAUUUUUUAUUUUUUUUUGUACUUGUUAUCAAUAACUAUAAAACACCACAACAUUUUCAUCAUAUCAUUUGACUCAGCCAUAAUAAUUUGCCGUGGAGUUAUUUAGCUCCUAACACCCUGACUUGAGAGAUGAUCUCCCUUUGAGACAACUGCAGCCGUCUGGAGGCUUGCAGCUUACGUCUUUGCCCCUGUUGUACACGCACACAUACACAAAUUAGCAACAAGUAGUAGUUUUGAGACAAUCACACACUGAGUGAGACCCCUCCCCCAAAGCCCCUAAUGAAAUGUUAAUAUUGUUUUGCAAUGCAUUAGUAGCUGCAGUACCACCAUUAAGGUUGAGUUAUUUGACUUCAAUAUAGUUUAUAAUACUUGGAUUAUUAUUCAGUGCCUUGAGUUCUAGCAUGUAAAAAUAGUCAUUGUUCUUUUACAUGUUUUCCAAAGAGAAGUUGUACUAUUUUUGGUCAUUUAAAUAGUUUUUGUCUAAUUUGAGAACAUAUUUUGAAGAGUUUUCCAGAAUUACAAAGAUAGAAUAUGGUGUUGUGAAGGCUGUUUUGUACAUGUCUUUUUUUAUUAUUAUUCUGUAUAUUUGGGUCUUAUUUAUUAUUAAUUAAAUAUUAUGUCUGAGACUUUAAAAAAAAAUCAGGGGUUUGAAGUCGAGGCGAUCGUCUACAUUUUUAUACUUGAUGACUAGCGUUUAUGUUUCAAUGAAUGGCACAAAAGGAAGACAUGAUAUGUCAGUAUGUUUUUUUAGCAUGCAUUCAAAAUGUGUUUUUAUAGCGUUAUUUCCUUUCAGUCCUCCUCUUUUUGCCACAUCCUCAUGUAGGUUUUUGAAAUUGUACACUACUUGUUAAAUGUGUCCUGCUGCCGUAUUUAAUGUGUAGAAAUCCCUUUUCAUUACAACAAACACAGAGACAGGAUGUGGAAUUAAAAAUAUUUGUAUUUGAUACAGUCACAGCCUCAAUGUACUUUACAACACAACAAGCUGAGAAACUUUCUGAAAAAUAAAAAGUUGUAUUUUGUGUAAAUAAAUGUCAACUCUCAAAAUAAAAGACUGGUUAAAAAAUA